AUGCCGAUGUUCCCACGGUUUCGCAACUCGGUUGCAUGUAGUAGAGCUCUGAAACCCAUUUCAGAACCGGACCUCAACGCUGCAGAAAAAACCCAUUUGAAGACCCAUUUCAAAGCCGCACCUUCACGCUGCAGAAGGUUUUCGUCCAUUGGUUCAAGCUGCAGAAGCUCAGCGUCCAUUGUUGAGUACGAUGUUGGUUACCCAACUUCUGUUAUGACUACUGGAUCCGCCGCAAACAAAAGAGAUGAUAUAGAAGACUUGUCUCCCGAAACUGAUAUCCCAUGUACCUCCGCUGAAGUUGAAGAAAGCGGAAAAGAUAGAGCUGAUGGUAUGGAAACCACCACGGAUGUCGUUGCCAAGACAGCUCAGUUAGAUGAUGGAGUUGGUGGUGACACGAUUGAGGAGCCCAAGUCGAAGAUGGGGUUUAAUUCUUUUGAAGAGGUAAUGACUUAUUACAAGCAGUAUGCUAAGAAUAUUGGGUUUGGAGUGAUGACAAGAAGGACUGAGAAGGGAGAUGAUGGGACUGUCAGAUAUGCCACCCUCGGGUGUGCCCGUGGUGGGAAAACCCGUAAUAGGACGUUGAAUGUUGCCAGACCACGUCCGACUGGGAAAACGGAGUGUAAGGCGAAGAUUAAUGUCUUAAAAGUUGACGGAAAGUAUGAGUUGACAACAGUUAAUAACAUUCAUAACCACGGCCUUAGUCCAAAAAAAGCCCGCUUCUUUCGAUGUAAUAGAGAAGUGUCUGAAUCCGUAAAAAGAGUGUUAGAUACAAAUGAUUUGGCUGGUAUCCGAAUGAAUAAGAGCUUCGGAUCUCUUGUCGUUGGCGCGGGAGGUUUCGAAAACCUCCCGUUUUUGGAAAAGGAUUGUCGGAAUUACAUCGAUAAGGCCCGACAUUUACGACUUGGCGCUGGUGGUGCUGGAGCACUUCAGGAAUAUUUUUUGCGGAUGCAAUACAAGAAUCCUGGGUUCUUUGCGUCCAUGGAUUUAGAUGAUGACGGGAGGUUAAAGAAUGUCUUUUGGGCAGACCCCCGUAGUAGGGCAGCCUAUGAAGAUUUCGGUGAUGUGGUUACAUUCGACACCACAUAUCUGACGAAUAGAUAUGGGAUGCCAUUCGCACCAUUUGUAGGUGUAAACCACCACGGCCAGUCAAUUCUUUUGGGAGCUGGAUUGAUAUCCAGUGAGGAUACGGCAACGUUUGUAUGGUUAUUCAAGACUUAG